AUGGCUCGUGUUGAAACUACAUCUAGCAGGCCUUACCACCUGGUUGUCUUCGGAGCUUCUGGGUUCACUGGGCAGUUUGUGGUGGAGGAGGUGGCCCGGACUAUAUCCGAGGGACCGAAGGGGAAUCUGAAGUGGGCCGUGGCUGGCAGGAGCAAGCAGAAGCUGGAAAAAGUUCUGGAGCAGGCCGCCGGAGUCCUCAGUAAGCCUGAGCUGAGGUCAGAGGUGGACAUCAUCGUGGCUGAUGUAGGAGAACCAGACUCCCUGGCAGCCAUGUGCAAACAGGCUGUGAUUGUUCUCAACUGUGUCGGGCCUUACAGGUUCUACGGCGAGCCAGUGGUCAAAGCCUGUGUGGAGAAUGGAGCCCAUCAUAUUGACAUCAGUGGAGAGCCUCAGUUUCUGGAGGGAAUGCAGUUGAACUACAACAGCCAGGCAGCUGAAAAAGGUGUAUACAUCAUAGGGAGCUGUGGAUUCGACUCCAUACCGGCAGACAUGGGAGUCAUCUACACCAGGGACCAGUUCAAGGGUACGCUGACAGCUGUGGAGAGCUUCCUGACUGUCAGCGCAGGAUCUGAGGGUGGAUGUAUCCACGAUGGCACGUGGCAGUCUGCCGUCUACGGUUUUGCUGACGGCCAAAAGCUCCAGAGUCUCAGGAGGAAGUUUAAUCACAAACCUCUCCCUACUGUGGGCUCCAAGCUUAAACGCAGGGGAAUGUUGUUCUUCAGCAAUGAGAUCCAGCAGUACACGGUGCCCUUCAUGGGCUCUGAUCCCUCCGUUGUGAAGAGAAGUCAACGCUUCCUGGUGGAGGAACAUCAGGCCACACCGGUUCAGUAUGGAGCGUAUGCAGGAAUCGGAGGAAUCGGGAGCAUUAUCAAGCUGAUGUUUGCAGGCAUGAUGUUCUGGUUCUUGGUCAAGUUCAGUUUUGGACGUAAUCUACUCAUCAAGCACCCGGAGUUCUUCUCCUUUGGACUCUUCUCCAAGGCUGGACCGAGCAGGAAGCAGAUGGAGGGUUCAUCCUUCCAGUUUGCCCUCUAUGGAGAGGGCUACACAGAGGGACAGGACCCCUCGCAGGGGAAACCUAACAGCAAGAUCCGCACACUGGUUCAGGGACCAGAGUGUGGAUAUGUGGCCACGCCCAUCGCCAUGGUACAAGCUGCUCUAACAAUUCUCAAUGAGCCCGCGGACCUGCCCAAAGCGGGAGGAGUGUACACUCCAGGAGCUGCUUUUGCGAAAACCACCCUGAUCGACCGUCUCAACAAACACGGCAUCCAGUUCUCUGUCAUUUAAAGUUUGUUCCCCUCCCUGAUGUCAUUACUUCUCUCAGCACUUACUAAUACGCAUAAUAACAACUGGGAAGUUUCUGACUAUAGAAGAGGGCCAUUUCUCCUCAAAAACCGGGACUAGAGAUGGAGUGCACUUUCAUUUUUGAUGGUACUUUUGGCAAUUAUCCUGAAAACUCGGUCAGAAACUUGCCAGUCUCCCUUUAGCUUGAAUAUACAAUUAACCCUCUGCUUGUAGGACAACUAGCACAGCUGUAGCAGACAAGGACGGCAUGAGAACCGUUGUGCAUAAAUGGGUUUAACAUGGCCUACACUAACAUGACUACUGCUAAUGAAGGAGGCAUUUUGAUCAAGAUUCGGUUCAAUUUAUGUUUUUCACCACACACACACAAAAAAUGUAAACUCGUGUUUAGAUAGAAAAGUUUCCUGAAAAUACUGUCAGCUGUAAGAAAACAUCUACAAUCUUCAGUAAACUGUUGUCCAGGUAACAUACAGUUAAAUGCACAAGGACAUUACUCUGUAAGUAGCACUAAUAUAGUAGAUGUACAUGUGUUGUUCUGGUUGAGUGGGGUAAAGCUGUCAGAAUAGAAACCUGCUGUGUGUGAGUUCGAAUUUGUUUUUCUGUGUUUGUUGGGUCCCAAAACUCCUUGUGAGGUCUGACAGCUUUAUGGGGACCAAAAUGCAGGACUCCAUAAUGUAAUUCAUUACAUUUCAGAGUGAAGGUAAUGGAUUUGGUUAGGGAAGUAUUGGUUAUGGUUAGGUUAAGUCUAAGUGUGUGUGUGUGUGUGUGUGUGUGUGCAUGCACGUACAUGCUUGUCUUUCCUGUCCUGGCCUGUCAGCUAAAACUCCUGAUUGCUUUGUGUUUUUGACAGUUUGUAGGUGGACUAUCACAAAGUCAUCCUCCUCUCUUCAAUCUUUCAUUUUUGUAGAUGAAUGUUGCAGCAAUUCUCCAAAACAAAUGUUUGCUUUAGAGCCUUGUCAAGUUGUUUGUGCAUAAAACAGCAUGAGUUACAGUAUGAAACAGGACAGAUUCUCUCCGCUGUUUAGCAAACAUGUUUGAGUCUUUUUUUAAGAAAUCUGUCUCUUUCAUAUUGGCUGGAAUAGUCUCAUCCGCAGAGUGAUGUUGGUGUCAGUUUUCCACAUUUGAGUCUUGGAGCAUUUUGUGCACGUGAAGAGCUGUUUUGGGGUUUUGUUUUGGUGUGUUUUGCUUUGUAUGGGCAUCAUGAAUAAAGUCAACUCUGCUAAUGGA